AUGCGGAGCCCCAAAUUGAAGAUUUCGGGCCACUUUUGGACCCUGCUCCUUCUGGGGGGGUUCCGGGCGGUUUUCGGGGGGGUCCCGGUUUUUGGGGGGGUCCCCAGGGGGGGCGGGGCCUGUCCCGGGGGCUGCGACUGCGACCGCGACAGCGCCUGGUGCCGGGGUGGGGGAGGGGGCGUCCCCCGGGGGCUCCCCCCCCGCCUGGCCACGCUCUCCCUGAUCCGCUGGGACAUCGAGGCCCUGCUCGAGGGGAGCUUCCGGCACCUUCCGGCCCUGACCCUGCUGUUGGUGACCUCGGGGCGUUUGGGGACCAUCGGGGACGGGGCCUUCGCUGGCCUGGGGGCACUGGAGUAUCUGUUCAUUGAGGACACCGAGCUCGGGGCCAUCGCGCCCACGGCCCUGAGGGGGCUCCGGGGGCUCCUCUUCCUGAGUUUGGCCAACAACCGCCUGGAGUCGCUGCCCCGGGGACUCUUCCAGGAUUUGGGGACACUGACGCAGCUGGACCUGCGCGGGAACCCGUUCCGCUGCGAUUGUCACCUGCGCUGGCUCCUGCGCUGGCUGCCCACCCGCCCCUCCCCCGCCGAGGCCGGGGGGCGCUGCCGGGGGCCCCUCCCCCACCAGGGCACCCCCCUGGCCCUGCUGAGCCCCGGGCAGCUCCAGUGCCAGCGGCACGAGCUGCGGCCGUUCCAGUCGCUGCCGUUCUCGUCCCUGGGGGCCGAGCCCUUCGCCCUGGGGGGACACCGGGGGGUGGCUCUGGCCCAGCCGGUGACAGGAGCCUGCGCCCUGCUGGAGUGGGACCAGCUCGGGGGGCGCUUCCGGGCCCCCACCAUCAUCAACAGCUCGUCCCCGGUGGCCUGCCACCCCCUCCCGGUGGGUGACACCCUGCUGGUGGUGGUGGCCCAGCUCGGGGGCGGCUCCUGGGUCUGGCGCCGCUCGGGCGGCCCCGGCUCGUCCUUUGUGCGCCACCAAGCCCUGGGCUCGGGCCACCUGCGCCGUCCCCACGCCGUGGCCGCCGCCCGCCUGGCUGGCCACCUCUACCUGGGGGUGGCUGACAGCUCCAAAGGCGGCACCAGCACCGUGUUCCGCUGGGCUUCCGGAGGCUUCUACCCGCACCAGACGCUGCGGCCGUGGCAGAGGGACACGCACCUGGAGUUCCUGGAGCUGGGCGGGCGGCCGGCGCUGGUGGUGUGCAGUGCGGCGCGGCGGCCGCUGGUUUACCGCUGGAGCGCCGGCGGCUUCGCGCCCCACACCGACAUCCCCCACGUGCCGGACGUCUACGCCGCCAAGCACUUCCGGGUCAGGGGGAGCGUCUUCCUGUGCCUCACCAGGUUCCUGGGGGACGCCAAGGUGAUGCGCUGGGAGGGCUCCAUGUUCCGCGAGGUGCAGCAGGUGCCGGCCCGUGGCUCGCUGGUGUUCCAGCCGCUGGUCCUGGCCGGCCACCGCUACGUCCUGCUGGGCAACGACUUCGCCCCGAGCCGCGUCUUCCGCCUGGGCCCGGCCGGACGCCUGGAGCCCGGCCAGGACCUGCCCGCGCCCACCCCCCGCGCCUUCGUCCCCGUCACCGCCGGCCACCGGCACUUCCUGCUGGCCACCAGCUUCAAGGGGGCCACCCAGAUCUAUGCCCACGUCACCGAGGACAUCGGGACCUGA